AUGGCUUGUUACAAGCUAUUGCUGCAAGAUAUUAAUCCUAAUUUUUAUAGUUUUUAUGUUUCCCUUUUUAUACUAAUCGAGGAAAGUAUUCAAUUUCAAAAACGUUACUUCAAUAUGGUAAACCAAACUUGGGGUUUCUGUGACUUGUGUAUACAUAAUAAUUAUGACCUUGAUAAACUCCACUACUUAGAAAAGCUUGGAUUUCACACUGUUGCUAUUGAUACACACGUUGAAGAGUCGUCAGAUGAGCCCAAAAAAAAGAAAAAGAAAGGAGGUUCCAAAGAAAAGAAUGAUUUUAUACCUGCACCUUUAGAGAUAUCUGCAGAUGUUUCAAAAUUGACAAAGCUGAAUAUACUACAACGGGUGACUAUAGAAUUUUCUGAUUCCAGUAUUGCUCAUAAACUUAAUCAAUCUGAGCAUGUAAAAAAAUAUGAUAUUAUUGCUGUGGUACCAAAAACUUUACAAGCCUUUCAUUAUGCUUGUGGAACCAUGGAGGUAGAUAUCAUCACAUUUAGUCCUGAGUGCAGAAUCCCAUUCAAAGUGAGUCGUAGUUUGUAUACCCUAGCUGCACAAAGAGGUGUUUUUUUUGAAAUUAUGUACUCCCCAGCUAUAAGAGAUGCAACAUCAAGAAAGAAUAUUAUAAGUACAGCACAUACCUAUCAUGCUGUUGGGAAAUCAAGGAACAUUAUUGUUACAAGUGGUGCUGAAAAUUACAUGCAUGUCAGAGAUGUUCAUGAUGUCAUUAACCUGGGAUAUAUAUUUGGUCUCAACAGCAACCAAAGUUUAGAAACGAUAAGAAACAAUGCUCGAAGACUUAUUUUGAAAGCAGAGGCACGAAAGUGUGGCAAGCACUAUAUGAUUGUAAAUACUUUAAGUGAAAAUGAUAGUAAUAAAAUGAUAGAAAAUUAUGUUUUUUAUUAA